AUGCAAACACCAUCCCAGGCCGUGUCGCUUGAGCUUUAUCCGUCAACAGACACCGACGAUGCUCGCUCUGGGGGAAUUACGCAAGUGGAAUCUGUUCAAAAGAUUGUUCGUUUUGAUCUGAAGGAGGAAGGGAACCAUGUUCUUGCUGUCAACAUCAGCUAUACAGAGACAAUGACUACCCAGAGCCUUGAUACCCAUGGAGUGGUCCAAGCUUCCGGGGGGAGGGUUCGCACAUUUCGAAAGUUGUAUCAAUUCAUCGCGCAACCAUGCUUGAAUGUACGGACCAAAGCUACCGAACUACCCCCGCACGAAGUGGAUAAUCGGACUUUAGGACCAUAUGGUAAAACAAAACUAUACAGAUUCGCGCUCGAGGCGCAGCUUGAGAACGUUGGUGACGGAAUCAUCACUCUUGGGAUGCAGACUAUUACUCUAAAUCCAAGGCCGCCUUUCAAGUCUCGAUCGCUCAAUUGGGACUUUGACCCUUCCGAAGCUCAAAAGGGAAAUUCGCCCACCCUGAGUCCCCGGGACGUUCUACAGAUUGCGUUCCUUGUUGAACAGGAACAUGGCCAGCAAGAUGGGCUCGAGAACUUGCAGAAAGAUAUGAAUCGAGAAGGGCGUACUACUCUCGGUCAGCUGUCUCUGGAAUGGCGCGGUGCCUUGGGCGACCGAGGAUUUUUGACCACUGGUAACCUGAUGACCAAAAAGAGGUGA